UUAUCAAAACCCUGAACCUCUCAGCUCGAGGCGCAAAGUCGCGUCUCCUCUCUUCACCGUCGUUCUCUAUUUCUUCCAUCUUCCGCCGCCGCCGCCGCCGCCGCCGCCCCCGCUCCUGAUGGCGUCCGCGCGAGUCGCACUCCCGACCAGGAACAGCACGUGCGGAGCAGACGCGACUCCGCUCGCUUCCCUCUCGCCGAGAGAACGCGCGGGGCGCGGCCGCCGCCGUCUUCUUCUUCCUCUCCGCAGCUGGUCCGCCGCGGUGACCAUGUCGGCGUCGCCCGCCCCUCAGGCCCACCUCGAAGCCCGAGCUUCGAAGAAGCUGGACAUCCCCAUCAUGGUGAACAGUUGUUCGGGCAAAAUGGGGAAGGCUGUUAUAAAAGCAGCGGAUUCUGCAGGGCUCGAUCUUAUCCCUAUGUCGUUUGGCUGUGCUGAAGAGGCUGGAAAAACCGUAGAGGUGUGUGGAAAAGAGAUUACGGUGCAUGGACCUUCAGACAGAGAAAGCGUUCUGGCCUCGGUCUUUCGUGAACAUCCGAAUAUGAUUGUGGUCGACUACACCGUGCCUGAUGCAGUGAACAGUAAUGCCGAGCUGUAUUGCAAUGUUGGAGUUCCAUUUGUCAUGGGGACUACUGGAGGGGACAGGGAUCGGCUUUACAAAACAGUCAAAGAUUCAAAUUUAUAUGCAGUAAUUUCCCCACAAAUGGGGAAGCAGGUCGUGGCAUUUCUUGCAGCAAUGGAAAUUAUGGCAGAACAAUUUCCAGGAGCCUUCUCUGGGUAUUCUCUAAAGGUGAUGGAGUCCCAUCAAUCAAGCAAAUUGGACACAUCUGGAACAGCUAAGGCAGUAAUUUCUUGCUUCAAGAAGUUGGGAGUGUCUUUCGACAUGGAUCAGAUCCAGAUGAUCCGUGAUCCUGAACAACAAAUGGAGAUGGUGGGAGUUCCAGAAGAGUAUUUGUCUGGUCAUGCUUUCCAUUUGUAUCAUCUGUCAUCGCCCGAUGAAACAGUCUCUUUCGAGUUUCAGCACAACGUUUGUGGUCGAUCAAUAUAUGCAGAGGGCACAGUUGAUGCUGUCUUGUUUUUAGCAAAGAAGAUCCAGCAGAAGGCAGACCAGCGUAUAUACAAUAUGAUUGAUGUAUUGCGGGAGGGUAGCAUGCGUUGAUACUAGUUUCAUGCUGAGGUUUCUUGUGCGGCGUUUAUCUUUCAGACGUCAUAUCUCCAGUUCGGGACUCUGGUUUUUAGAAUCUUUCAUAUUCAUCGUUGCUGUAUAUGGCAAUGGAGUAGAGAAAAUUGCAAGACUUUGUUCUGGAGAUGGAUCAUUAAGCUUGAGCAGCUUCAGCUUCUCUUUGAGAUGUGUAAGAUUUUGAUCAUUUGCAAUGCGAAGCACGUCUUAAAAUCAGAGAAUGGAAAGUAUAGUAGUAUAGUUUUGUAAUUUUUCCGUGACUAUCUCAUACUCAGCAUUGUCAGCAACUACUGUACUGUUUGAGCCCGCGACUAGGAAGCCAUAUGGAAGUGUCCUGCUUUUCUCAUUAAUGAAGUUUGAUGUUCAAACUUGAAAGGCCCUCAAUGGUUUAAAAUGGAAAUUCUCCAUGGAAAA